CAUGCCUAUUGCCCCAGCUGCGGCGAAUUUGCAACCGCAAGGGAAAUCGGCUCGCCGGCACACACGAGUGGCCACAGUGGCGGCGCGACGCCACGAUUAAUCAUUUGGUUCGUGAGGCCCCACGCUCUGUCUUGAUCGGCGCGGCAGUCGGCAAAACCAACGGUGACAAUGGAGUCGUUGGGUGCGUACAAGAAGGCAACGGCGGCGCUGGACGAGGCAGCGAGGGCGCGGCUGCGGGGCCCGUUCGUCAGCGACACCGCGCCCUCGUCGACACCACCCGGGCACGCGGGCGCCGACGACGACCUGCUGGAUUUGGUGGACGAGUUCUACAACGGAUGCAGCGAGUUCGGCGUCGUCGCCAAGGAAGCCGUGGCGACGCGGUCAGCCGAGUGGAAGGAAACGCUGCGCGAGACGCUGGCGGACGCGGCGGCAGACGUGGCAGCUGCACGAAUCCGCGCCGAGGUGGAGCGAGCCGUCCGGGAAGCCGUGCCGGCCGUGGUUGGCGGCAGCGGGAUUAGGAAGCGCGUCGUGGAACGGCUACGGGCGAGGGGGUUCGACGCCGGUCUCUGCAGAUCGUCGUGGGAAAGAAGCAGCAGCAUCACCGCGCCGGACGCGCACGAGUACGUAGACGUGACGGUGCCGUCUGCAUCUCGCUACAUCGUGGAGGUCAACGUCGCCGCCGAGUUCGAGAUCGUGAGGCCGAGCGCCGAGUACCGGGACCUCCUCUCGUCCCUCCCUCCGGUGCUCGUGGCGAGGCCGGAGGCUUUCAAGGAACUCGCCGCGGCAAUGUGCGCCGCUGCGGCGGAGUCCAUCCGUGGCGCGGGCAUGCACGUGCCGCCGUGGAGGCGGGCGCGCUACGUGCAGGCCAAGUGGUCCGGCCAGUACGAGAGAGUAGAAGCCGUGGCGCCGGUGGCCACGACGAGGGCACGACCGGAAGCAGGAUCGAGGGCGGUAGUGCACGCCCGGCGUCCCGGCGGCCGGAAGAAUUGUGGAAUGGAGAUGGGGCGCCAGGAGGUGGCCAUGGGACGGGAGGCAAUGGUUAGCGUGAGGCCAUUGUUCAGAGGAUUGUGACAUAGGGUGCAUGCGUAAAACGAUGAGUCGAUCGUUCUUUUUCUAGCUUAUUUGCCUGCUGAUGCUGUAAUAUUCUUUGUGCCUGGGAUAGUGGUUCUGGACAUUUUGGAAGAAAAAUUACAGAAAUCCUUCUCGAUUUUUUUUACAGAAAUCAUA